AACUAACUAAAGUCCUGUACACACGUAAACACACGCAUGCGCUGAGCAGACGUGAGACACAGGAUAUCCCGUUGAGAUAACGUCGAGCCUCGCAUCGGUCAGCAGGACGAGUCUCAGUGACGUUGUACCAUCUUCGAGCCUUCCUUCUGCGGACGAAGGCUACCCAGUAAUUUCAUCAUUUGGUACUAUGGGCGAGUGAGGUAUGGUCAGCAUGUCUAGCGAGCGUCUGGGUGUAAGGAGGAAGGCAGAAGCUAAUAAUGGUCAGCCCACCACGGGCGCGGCGGCUCCGGUGGAGGAAACCCCGAACCACAUCGUGUAUAAGCGGAUGGAGAAGAUCGUGGAGCAGAUGCAGCAGGAGGAGACAGGAGUUCCGGUGAGAACAGUGAAGAGCUUCAUGACGAAGAUUCCGUCGGUGUUCACGGGCGCAGAUCUGAUCACGUGGAUGAUGCGCAACCUCGACGUGGAAGACCAGACAGCAGAAGCUUUGCACUUGGCUCACCUCAUGGCGGCCCAUGGAUAUUUUUUCCCCAUCGACGACCAUGUCUUGACUGUCAAAAACGACUCUACUUUCUACAGGUUCCAGACUCCCUAUUUCUGGCCUUCCAACUGUUGGGAACCUGAAAACACAGACUAUGCUGUCUACCUGUGCAAAAGGACGAUGCAAAACAAGGCGAGACUCGAACUAGCCGACUACGAAGCCGAGAACCUGGCGCGACUACAGAAGAUGUUCAGCCGGAAAUGGGAGUUCAUCUUCAUGCAGGCUGAAGCGCAGAGCAAAGUGGACAAGAAGAGGGACAAGCUGGAGAGGAAGGUCUUGGACUCACAAGAACGGGCCUUCUGGGACGUCCACCGGCCAGUGCCCGGCUGUGUGAACACAACGGAAAUAGACAUUAAGAAGGCGUGCCGGAUGAACAAGCCUAUCAAAUCCACCAAACACCUGGCACUCGGUCUUGCCGGGGGGCGGAUAUCCCCCUCGGUGUCAGAGGCUGACCUCCUGACGCCUAUGGACUCCAUCAAGCAGGACAUCGAUCUCCUGAGGACAAGGAUCGACCGCUGUAACUUCAAAGUUUCUAAGGCGGCCGAGUCGUUCAUCAGCUACUGGGAGCAGUACCAGGAAUACGACCCUUUCAUCACUGCAACAGACCCGCCCAACCCCUGGGUGACCGACUGCCCGGAGUUUUGGGAGGGAGAAAAAUUAGGGAAAGAAAUACCAACUAAACGAGUUAGACGGUGGGCCUUCAGUGUACAAGAACUCCUCAAGGACCCCAUAGGACGCGAGCAGUUCGUCAAAUUUCUCGAAAAGGAAUUUAGUGGCGAGAACCUUAUGUUCCUCAACGCCGUGCAGGAGCUGAAAUGCCUCCCGCAGAAGGACGUCAACGAUAAGGUCCAAGCCAUAUGGGACCAGUUCCUCGCCUCCAACGCCCCUGUCCCGGUUAACAUUGACUCGAAGUCCAUGAACAUCACCAAAAAGAAUAUGCAGAAUCGAGAUCGCUGGACUUUCGACGCUGCUGCUGCUCAUCUCUACCACCUGAUGAAGUCAGACAGCUACUCGCGUUAUUUGCGCUCAGAAAUGUACAAAGAAUUCCUCAGCGGGAGCAGGAAAAAGACUUCGGUGAAAGGCAUCAGGUCUAUAGUUAACUUCAGCAAAGGGAAGGACGGACCACCUCCCUCCUAGUAGUGACUGGAGCGGUCCUGCAUGCUUCCUUCCAUCCCCAGCUGGUGAGAUAUCUGAAGUGC